AUCCAUUUUAACAAUGAUGAGACAUUUUUUCUAUAACAAAAAACUAAAAGCAAUCUAUAUACUUGAGUAGUAUUCAGUAUUCUUAUGAGACUUGAUUGAUUUUCACUUGAAAAAACAAAAUCUGUUCUUUAAAAUGUUUCUACAAGUUGCCUCUUCUACUUUGUUAGUUUUUAUAGUACUGCUGUUUUUCACAUCUUCAAAUGUUAUUGUCUUUGCUUCUGGUUCAUCUCUUUCUUUAACUCGGAAUAGAGAUUUAACAGUUGAAGAAGAAGUAGAUGCCCUUUUGAAAUGGAAAUCAACCCUCGUUAACCAAACUCAUUUGCUCCUCCCUUCUUGGAAAAUACAUUCUACUGCGAGUACAACGAACCCAUGCAAGUGGUAUGGAAUCACUUGUAACAACCAAGGAAGCGUCGUGGAAUUGAGCUUAGUAAAUUUGGGUUUACAAGGUACACUUCAUAAUUUAAACUUCUCAUCUUUUUCCAACUUGGUUAUUCUUCAGUUGAGCCAAAACAAUCUCUUCGGAACCAUUCCAUCCCAGAUCGGUAAUCUAAGGUCUUUAGUUACCUUAGAUAUGUCUUUGAAUAAACUCACUGGUUCAAUCCCUGCUUCUGUCGGUAACUUGAGAAAUUUGACUUAUUUAUCUUUUUUUCAAAAUGAAUUAUCUGGUUCCUUGCCAAUAGGAAUCAACAAUCUAACUCAGUUGAAACAAUUGUAUUUGAAUGGAAACAAGUUUUCUGGUUAUUUACCUCAAAACGUAUGUCAAAGCGGAAUACUUGAAAAUUUUGCUGCAGGUUUUAACCAUUUUAAGGGUUCUAUACCAAGAAGCCUUAGAAAUUGCACCAGCCUUAGGACUCUCGGACUUGAAUAUAAUAAACUGGUAGAUAAUCUGACAGAGGCGUUCCAUGUGUAUCCGCAUCUAUAUAGAUUUACUGUGCGUAACAAUAUGUUGUAUGGUGAACUCUCAAAAGACUGGGGUGAUUGUCGAAAUUUGACAGCCUUAUCUUUCAGAGGGAAUAAUAUCACAGGUAGAAUACCAGCUGAGAUGGGAAAAUUGAAGAUUUUAAGUGCACUUUAUCUUGGUUCAAAUAACUUAGUAGGUGAAAUUCCUAAGGAGUUAUUCAAAAUGUCCUCAUUGAUCGAGUUACAUCUGAGCAAUAACCAACUUUCUGGUAGGUUGCCUUCGACAAUUGGAAUGUUAUCCAACCUGCAAUAUCUUGAUAUUUCAACAAAUAAACUCAGCGGGUCAAUACCCAAACAACUUGGGGAGUGCUCAAAUUUAUUAUCUUUGAAUUUGAGCACAAACAGUUUUAAUGGAACCAUCACACCCCAGAUAGGAAACUUAGAUUCGUUACAGAUUUUGUUAGAUCUUAGUUACAAUGAGUUGAGUGGAGAGAUACCACCAGAUCUUGGAAAACUAAGCAAACUAGAAACACUAAAUUUAUCGCACAACAAGUUUUAUGGCUCAAUUCCAUCUUCAUUUGAUCAAAUGGUUAGCUUGGCCAGCGUUGAUGUUUCGUAUAAUAAAUUGAGUGGUCCUCUUCCAAAUAUUAAAGCCUUUAAGGAUGCUCACGUUGAUGCAUUGAAGAACAACAAAGAUUUGUGCGGUAAUAACUCUACAGGAGUUAGACCAUGCAAGUCCUUGGAUGUGACUGCAAGAAAAAAAGCCAAGCAUAAUAAAGUUUUGCUCAUGAUCUUACUUCCUUCGAUUGGUUCAACAUUUUUUCUAUUUAUACUUUUCGCCCUUUUGUUUCGCCUUCGGAAAAGAUGGGUAGAAAAUGCUUCCCUUACAGAUCAAGCUAGAGCUACCAAUUCCGAAAGAAAUUUAUUUUCAAUUUGGAAUUAUGAUGGAAAAAUAGUUUUCGAGGACAUAAUUGAAGCAACCGAAGAUUUUGACACUAAAUAUUGCAUCGGAAAGGGAGGAUAUGGGAGCGUUUACAAAGCAGAGCUGUCAACAGGUCAAGUUGUUGCUGUGAAGAAACUUCACCCAUCAGAUGAAGAUUCUGAGGCAUUUGAGCUCAAGUCAUUUGAAAGUGAAGUUCAUGCACUCACAAAAAUACGACACCGGAACAUUGUUAAGCUUUUUGGUUUUUGUUCUAAUCCUGCAAGGCGGAUCUCAUUUCUGGUCUAUGAGUUUGUGGAAAGAGGAAGCUUGAAAAAUGUUUUGUUAGAUGGAGAACAGGCGAUGGGGUUUAAUUGGAUAAAGAGGCUAAGAUUCAUCAGGGGAACAGCUAAUGCACUUGCCUACAUGCACCAUGAUUGUAUCCCAGCAAUAGUUCACAGAGACAUAUCUAGCAAUAAUAUUUUGUUGGACUCUGGAUAUAAUUCCCGUGUUUCUGAUUUUGGUACGGCGAGGAUUUUGAAACCAGAUUCUUCCAAUUGGACUUCCCUUGCAGGAACCUAUGGAUAUGUUGCUCCAGAGCUUGCAUAUACAAUGAAGGUGACCGAGAAGUGUGAUGUUUAUAGCUUGGGGGUGAUCAUAUUAGAAGUACUAAUGGGAAGGCAUCCAUCUGAAAUCAUCACACUACUCUCGCAUGAUGUCCUUUCAUCUUCCUCUGCCAGUAAGGUGGGGCAAAAUGUAAGGUUGGGAGACAUCUUGGACCAACGCAUUGGAGCACCAACAGAUAUUGUGAAGAACGAAAUAACGUACAUCAUGAAGGUCGGAGUUUCAUGCUUACAGGGUGAUCCACAUACUCGGCCAACCAUGCAAGAAGUAUCAGUACAACUAUCGUUGUUUGCUCAGAGCAUGGCAAAUUUAGCAAAGCCUUUUGAAACUAUUACACUAAGAGACAUAAUGCUGUCAUAGUGUUGCACAGAACAAGGGUAACAUGGAUAGAUUUAAGUUUCGUCAGAAACUUAAUAGAAAACUGUAUCUAGGAUCAAGAUUCUAAGACAAAAGAUUGAUAAACAAACUUGAUAAUAAGAUGUGUCUUGUAAACAA